GGCUGAAACCGUUUGUGACAGCUUGUUAUCUGUGCUCAGGAUAAUCACAGACAGCUUCAAGCUGCUGCAAGUAUCCAAGAAAACCCCUCCGGAUCCUGACGUCACACGCUGCUCUCGAGUAACAAAACUACACCGGAGUGUCCAUAUCAUGCAAAACUGCGCGCAGGUUUGGUUUGUGUUCGUUUAAGUAACCGCUCGCCACGUUUCCUUCACUUCCGCGUCUGUUUAUGCAGGUAAAAGGGAUAUUUUGAAGAGAAUGGAAGAUAAAAAGAAUUGCACAGGUCCUCUUAUGAUUGCGCUGCAAUAUAAUGACCUAUUUGACUUGGACUCAAUCUCAACGUCCACAGAUACAGAUGCACUACCCAAAGGCAGAGCAUUCACCUUUAUGAAGGCUGUGCAAACAGUGAAUGAGAGACUUGUGGAACAGAACAAGUCCGACUGUUUGCUUUUUGAAGUGAUCCUCAUUUCAAAGGAGUGUUCAGAAGAAAUCAAAACGAAGAUAGUUGAGAGUGUAAAGCAUUAUGGUCUAGAAAUUGGCAAAUUUUUCUUUUGCAAAAAGGAAGAACUCAUAAAUACUCUUCAGUCAAACAAAGUUAAGCUGUUCCUCUCUACUGAAAGGGAUGAUGUCUAUGAAGCUCUGCAUACAGGAAUUCCAGCUGCUUUGCUGUACGAUCAAGCUGAUGAUCAUGUCUUCAAUCAGCUAACGGUCAUUUUCUCUGGUGACGUUAUCGGUUUCUCUGAGGAUUCACUUGAUGGUCUUUCAGAGUUUGGAUUCAGUGAAACCCAAAUAGAGACCAUCAAAACAGCAAAGAUCUGCAUGAAGGAGUUUGCCGUUCUGAUCGGUCAGAUGAGAAGGAGGUUUGGGCAAGAGAACAGCCCUCUCUGUACCUGUGUCUUAACCUCGUGGGGCUCUAGAAAUGUCUGUGCAUCUGCCCUGAAAACUCUUCGGGAAUGGGGUCUGGAUGUGGACGAGGCGUUUUGUCUGGCUGGAGCUCCUUGCAGCCCCAUACUGGCUGUAGUUAAACCCCACAUACUGUGGGACGGUGGCCUUCUCAACAUGAGUUAGCAGCACUAAGCUGGACACACGUGUGUAGCUUACCUUUCUUUUAAUCAGGUGCCAAUUCUAUUCUCUUGCUGUUACACUUGACUUUGCAUAUUUUAUUCAAAAGGUUUAUGUUGUCAAAUAAGAAGCAUCCAUAUGGGGUGAUUAGGGUUUAAUAGUAAUUCACAGUACUAUAUAUAGAUUUUUUUUAGGGGUUUGUAUGAAGCUUUUCUAUGUUUACAUUUGUUUCAAAUUAUAGUACAUGCUUAACUGUAGGAAAAAAUUAAAAACAAGGUUAAAUACCCCCAAAAUCUACUGAAAUUAAAUGCAGCCAUAUUUAGAAGACACCAAAUGAGCAAAGUCCGAGCAUAAAAUGUCAUAAUAUAUUUUAUAUAAUCGAAUUCACAGAGUCAGCAUGCUUGCACCAUUGUUAAAGCUGAUCCUAACAUGGCUUGGGUUGAAUUUCAGAAAGGCACUACUUUCAGCUAAACAGCUGUGAUCUCAACAAAUUACAUAUAACAAAUAUAUAAUAUUAAAGAUAUAGUUCACCCAAUAUGAAAAUUCCUUUAAAACAUUUUUUUUAUAUAUAUAUAUAUACCUCCCAAGUCAUAAUGUUUCGAAUAUGAGUGAAAAUUUUCAUUUUGGGUGAGCUAUUCCUUUAAGAGUAAAAGUACAUUUUCAAGCAGUAUCAGUUACAUUUAUGCAUAUUUCAACAAUAAUGACAUUGGCAAAAUUAAAGCGAAGAGUACAAUAUUUUGCAGUCAUGCAGUAACAUAUUGCAACUAAAAUAAGUGAUUGUCUUUGGCUCAACAGUAAAACACUUAUACAAACUGAUAAAUCAACCAUAGUAUGAAAUGUAAAAAAAAAACAACUAUUACGGAUCAGAUUGAUCUCCACUAAAAGUAAACACAAAUGUGAAUGUUGCACAUUCAUACAAAUGUGGCUAAGAUAAGAAUACAAAAAUAUAUUUAUGCUUCCAAAGUAAUUCAUCCUUCAUCUACUAGUUUUUUUUUUAUGUGACAAGGUUACAGAUAUCACUUUCUAAUAUUAGACACUACAAUGAUACUAUACAUAU